GCCAAAAGUUGUAAAAAAUCAAUAGGAAAGAAAUAGAUUGAGCUCAAGGGAGUAUUGAUCAAACUCCUAAAAAUAUGGGAAGACACAAAAUCAAAUGGAAGAGAGAGAGGAGGAGAAAGAAAGUGGGAAAAAAACCAGUCCCUCCCCUCGCCAAAAACUACCCCUCUUUUAGGGGGUAAAAAAAAAAGAAAAAAAAGUGGGUAAAAACAGAGAGGUAAAAAAAAGUAUAAACAAAUGCUGUCAAAAUCUUGGCUCAAAACACCACCCCCCACUGCUCCCCUCCUCCGUCCCACCGGUUGCUGAUGAUGAUGAUGGGCGUGCACGCCGCCGCCCCUGCGGCCGUGCACCCUUGCCUCCGGCGGCAGUUCCCGGCGUUGCCGCCGCCGUCGUACCUAUCACCGUCAUCAUGCCCCUUCUCCCUGUUCUUCGUCGUCCUAAUUGGUUCCCUGUUGAUUUCGUCGCCGCCUGCGGCCGCCGCCGGAGGCGGCGCCGGAAGCGACCCUGACUCGCUCGCCGAGAGCUCGGCGGACGCGCUGAUCAAUUUCAAGAACACCCUGGUGGCGGGGCCCAACGGGCUGAUGGCGUCCCGGGAGCUGGCGUCGUGGGACCCGGCGACGGCCCCCUGCUCCGGCAACGCCGAGAAUUGGCGAGGGGUGCUCUGCUACAACGGCGACGUCUGGGGUCUGCAGCUGGAGAAUUUCAACCUCUCCGGCGACAUCGACGUCGACUCCCUCACGCCCCUCCGAUUCCUCCGGACGCUCAGCUUCAUGAACAACGCGUUCGAAGGGCUGAUGCCGGACUGGAGAAAGCUCGGCGCCCUGAAGUCCCUGUUCUUGUCCAACAAUCGGUUCUCCGGCGAGAUCCCCGGCAACGCCUUCGCCAGCAUGACUUCUUUGAAGAAAGUGUACCUGUCGAACAAUAAUUUCGCCGGGCGCAUUCCGGUCUCUCUGGCGACCACCCCCAGGCUCUUGGAAUUGAAGCUGGACAACAAUGGGUUCACCGAAACCAUACCGGAGUUUCCGCCGGGGCUCAAGUUGCUCAACGUUUCUAACAAUAAGCUGGAGGGCCGGAUCCCCCGGAGCUUAUCCGUUAUGGAUCCCUCUACUUUUGCUGGGAACAAGGAUUUAUGUGGGAAGCCACUGGAAAAGGUAUGCAACCCGGAAAGCCCACCUGCCCCGACUCCUCAAUCAGCAGGCCCAAAUUCAGAUGAAUACCCGACCCGGCCCACACCUCCCUCAUCAUCUUCCUCAUUGAGCCGGCUGUUAAUGCUGAUCGCAAUAUGUCUGCUCGCCCUAGCCGUCAUCAUCCUGCUCAUCAUCAACGUCCUCCGCAACCGCCGCAACGAGGAAGAGCCCACCUUGGGCCGCGGCGGCAGAGCCGCGGCAAUCAGCUCCUCCUUCUCCCCCUAUUCCGAGAAUCUCUCCGUCGGCGGCGGCGCGUCAUCUCCGGAAAUUGCGAUCUCUCCGGCGGGGAAUAACGCCCCGGUAGCGAAAGGAGGAGGAGGAGGGGUGGGGAAGCUGACAUUCGUGAAAGGGGGAGAAAAGGGGCAAAUAUUUGACCUGCAGGACUUGUUGAGGGCGUCGGCAGAGGUGUUGGGAAGCGGGAACUUGGGGUCGUCAUAUAAGGCGGUGAUGAUGGACGGGGAGGCGGUGGUGGUGAAGAGGUUCAAGCACAUGAACCAUGUGGGCAAGGAGGAUUUCCACGAGCACAUGAGGAGGUUAGGGAGGCUGAGCCACCCCAACUUGCUCCCCCUUGUUGCUUAUUAUUAUAGGAAAGAGGAGAAGCUCUUGGUGGUUGAUCAUGUCCCCAAUGGUAGCUUGGCCACUCACCUUUAUGGGAAUGACUCAAGGCUUGAUUGGCCAACAAGGUUGAAGAUUGUGAAAGGAGUGACAAGGGGAUUAUCCUACCUUCACUUGGAGCUCCCAAGCCUAGUGACACCCCAUGGUCACCUCAAGUCUUCCAAUGUGCUUCUUGACAACUCAUUCAACCCCCUCCUCAUGGAUUACACUUUAGUUCCCGUGUUAAACUGCGACCAACUCCAAAACAUCCUCAUCGGCUAUAAGUCUCCCGAAUACGCGCGACAAGGCCGCACCACCAAGAAGACAGACGUCUGGACCCUCGGAAUAUUGAUCCUCGAGGCAAUGACAGGUAGAUUUCCCGCGAACUACUUAAUGCAGUGUCCCGGAUACGGUUCUGAAUUUGCCAGCUGGGUUGACUCCAUAUCCAAAGGGUUGCAUGACGACAAUGGCGACGAAACCAACACGGUGUUCGACAGGGAAAUGGGGGAUACAAGAGGAAGCCGGGGCGAAAUGCGCAAGCUAGCCGAGAUCGGACUGGCUUGUUGCCAAGAAGACUUAGACCAGAGGUGGGAUCUGAAGAAGGCGUUAGAAGAAGUUGAAAAAGUGAAAGAGCAUGACGACGACUGAUUAACUAAAGAUUGUUAAUGGUG